ACGAUGAAUCAAUGCCUGCCUGUUAAUGCAAAGAUGUCGAAGGCAAAGAAAGUGUUGGAUGAGGCGCGCGAGACCCAAAAUCGUGAAUUGGAUCUUGUGGACAAGGGCCUAGUCUCCUUCGAGGAGCUGCCCGGACUGUUCAACAUGAUCAAUAUCACACGCCUGACGCUCUCGCACAACAAGAUCACCGUCAUCAGUCCUGGUAUUGCGAACUUGUUGAAUCUGGAAAUCUUGAACCUCUCGAACAAUCUGCUCACCGAGUUGCCCGUUUCGCUCUCUUCGAUGCCGAAGUUACGCAUUUUGAACUGUUCGAUCAAUCGAUUGGACACUCUGCCGCGUGGCUUUGGCGCCUUUCCCGUGCUGGAGGUGCUCGAUUUGUCGUACAACAAUCUGAGCGAAAAGGUGCUGCCCGGCAACUUCUUUGGCAUGGAGACGUUGCGCGCUUUAUACCUCGGCGACAACGACUUCGAGUACCUACCCAAGGAGCUGGGCCAGCUGAAGAAUUUGCAGAUCUUAGGACUGCGCGACAACGAUCUGCUGGAGCUGCCGCGGGAGGUGGGCGAGCUGUCGCGAUUGCGUGAGCUGCACAUACAAAAUAAUCGACUGCAGGUGCUGCCGCCGGAGGUGGCGCAGCUCGACCUGCUCAGCAACAAGUCGGUGAUGAAAAUGGAGGAGAAUCCCUGGGUGAAUCCCAUUGCGGAGCAAUACCUGUUGGGCAUCAGUCAUGUGAUCGACUAUCUCAAGACUGAAACCUACAGAAUCAUCUACAAUCGCCACAUGCAGGGCGGACGCAGCGGACCGCCGCCGCCCAAGGCUGACAAAAGCAAGAAGGCAUCGCGAGUGCGCGCAUAGUGCAUAACAGCAGGCUUUACUGUACUCGCAAUUGUUUAACUGCCAGCGCAGCUAAAUGUGUGUGUCUGUUUCUCUUUUUAACCAAAAAAAUUGUUUUUUUGUAUACUAAUUUUUAAGUAUUUUAUAAUAUUAAUAUUUAAUUUUGUCAAAGUGCCUUCAAUGUUUGCUAACAAAUGCGAAUAAAUAAUAAUGUUUAACUACAAAAAUAUAUUUUCUAAAAAAUAAAGUGUUUUCAUUCAAAUGA